CGGAUGAAUGUGCUCAGGUAAACAAAACGCGUUCGCCCAACGUGCCGCAGAACCGCGCGGGACCAUGUGAGGGGUCCCUGUAGUGUUCUGCAGAACCCAAGGCCGCGCUUUGCGGGGUUUUUCUUUUUAUUGUGGGUGUUAUGGGCGGACAGGUGGCCGUGUCAGUGUGUGCCUCUCGCAGGUGAACUCGUCCGACAGGUUUUUUUUUUUUCAUGUUUAUUCCUUGGGAGCCAUGUAGGAGAGUUAUCAUGACGAUUAUGGUAUUUAUAGCGCUUCUGCAGCUCUGCUUAUCCGCAACGGUUUCGGGUCAAGCCUCCACCGAAACGGCGGUGACGGCCUCACCGGGAGACAUCGUCCUGCUUCCGUGUUACACCGCCGGGAACGCAGCACCGUCCGCCACGACGUGGAGGAAGGAUGGAGGGGAGCUGGUCCUCGGGCAGCGGCUGUCGGUGCUGCCGGACGGCAGCCUGAACAUCUAUGGGGUGCAUCCCGGGGAUGAGGGCUCCUAUCUGUGCACCUCCACGCUGCCGCACAACGGCAGCUUCCAGGCGGCGGUGCUGCUGCAGGUCACCAGUGGCCCUGAUGAUGUGUCCAUAUCCAUCACCGGCUCGGUCACUCCACUGUCCAACGGGACGCUCCUCACUUCUCGGGGCUCCACCGUCUCCUUCAACUGCUCCGGCUCCUCCUACCCAUCCCAGGAGCUCACCUUGGCCUUCAGCGGGGCUUCGUCCAGCAACGACUCGCUGGUGUCCGCCUCCGGAGCCUCGCUGGCCUUCAGGAUAGAAAACAUCCAACCCGGACAUCAGGGAGUCUACAGCUGCCGGGCUCACAACAACAUCUCUCAUCAGAGAGCCAAUGACAGCAAGCUGCUGCUGGUCUACUACGUCCCAGACAGACACCCCGACUGCAUGUGGACGCCUGCAAGCAACUCCUCAGAAAUCCAGUUCAGCUGCACCUGGUUCGGAGCCUAUCCGCCCCCGAAGCUCCGCUGGGGGGACAACGGCGUCUUCCAGGAGACGGACAGCCUGACGGUGACUCUGAACCGAGCUUCGCUGUCCGAAGGGAAGACGGUGAAGUGCACGGCCCAGCACCAGCUGCUCAGCCCGGGGGCAGAGAAGUCGUGUGGCUUUACCUUAAAGGCUCCGUACCCUGAAGGCGAUCCUCUGGCCGCGGCUCUGGAGGACUCCAGCGUCACGCUAACCUGCAUCGAGAAAACCUCCCUGCCUCCCGCCAACACCACCUGGAGGAAGGGGCUUCAGCAGGACCUCAUCGUCGCCGGGACCAAGUACAUGUUGUCGGAGGACGGACCCGAGCUCAAGCUGACCAUCCUCAACGUCAGCAAGGACGACGAAGGCGUCUAUUUCUGCCGCAGCGAGAACCCGGUGACUGUGCGCGAGCUGGAGGUCUACCUCACCGUGAGGAAGGCCUCGUCCGCCUACACAGGAGCCAUCAUCGGCGUUUUCAUAGCCACACUCAUUGUGGGAUCGACUGCCGUCGUGGCGAAGACGCUGUAUGGCAGCCGGCACCGAAUCUGCCUCGGAGGUGGCUUUGGGCACGUGAACGACGACAGAGGCGACGUGCUGAGUCUGGUGGAGUCGGAUGACGAGCAGGUCUUUCAGGACACCGUUCCCCAACUGCCCCCGUUAACCAACGGGAACCACACGACGCUCGUCCAGAUACAUCGGAUACCAUCAAGUGAUCAGGAGGAUGCAGAAACAGCCGACACGAGCCCACAGCAGCAGGAGGACACUGUGCAGACACAAGAACCAGAAGAUCUUGUAACAUUUUAGGUUUUGGGGAUAUUUUUAGAUUAUUUGAAUCCAAGUAAAUACAAUUCACCCCCAGUGAGAAUGUGGAAAAAAAUGGUGGAAGAUUUGUUUUAAAAAAUAUCUUAAUUUGCUGUUUUUUUUAACAGAUUUUUGAAUUUUUGUACUUAUUUCUAUGAUUCACUUGUACAGUUUUAAAAGUGUGAUUUGUGCAGUAAAUGUGUUUGAUGAAACAAGA